UUUUACAGAAGGAAUACAUGGUUAUUUUUGAUUGGAAGUCUGUUUACAUUGUCGGCACUGACACUUGGUGGAUUGACAAGAAGUGAAGUUGUCUUACCAUUUAAAACUUCCAUACCAUAUAAAACUGAUAAUAAUAAAAUUAUAUUUUGGCUCACAUAUGUCAGUCAAAGUUUAAGUGUUUGCAGUUCAGGUUUCACGAAUAUUGGCGUCGAAACAUUUGUCAUGGCAAUUAUGCUUCAAAUUUGCUCUCAACUCGAGAUUAUUUAUCAUCGUCUCGAAGGAAUGACACAAUUGAAUCUCAAUGAGGAGAGAUCGUUAAAUUUUUCACAAACCAAAGAGGCUCAGAUUCUCGUCGAAUGUGUCGAACAUCAUAAUUAUGUCUAUCUAUUCAGUGAAAGAUUUAAUGAUAUUUUCAGUAUUGUAUUUGGAAUGCAAUUUAUUGGAUCAAUAACAAAUAUUUGCACACUUAUUUACAGUUUAUCGACAAAAAAUACAUUCGAUGAUAAAUUUCUUGCUCAGGGAUUAGUUUUACUGAAUAUUUUAUUUCAAACUUUUAUAUAUUGUAUUUUUGGCAAUGAAGUUAUGUUAAAAAGUUUAAAAGUAGCGGACGUAAUUAGUAUGAUCGAUUGGACAAUGUUGAGAAGACAGUCAAAGCUGGGACUUAUCAUGAUUGCAAUGCGUGCGAGGAAUCCAAUAAUUAUCACCGGUGGAUCAAUGAUACCCAUGUCACUAAACACUUUUGUUACUAUUUUACGAACGUCUUAUACCUCGUACAACUUAUUAAAAAGUUCAAGAGUCUAA